ACUCCUCCGUGCUCAAAGUAAACUCGACACGCUCUUCGUGCUCUCCGCCACUUCGUUCCCUUCCCAAUUUUCCUUCCUUCUCUUCCUCUCCUCAGAUCCAUUUUUCUCUCUUGAUCCAGCCAUGGCCUCAAUUACAGGAUCCUUCACCUCCCUCUCUUGCUCACUCAUGCCUAACCAGGCAGUCAACAGGGUCUCUAAAUUGGGCUCGGUGUCGCUCUCUAUCAGUGGGAAAAGUUUCCCUUCUCUACGGGUGCAGCCAGCUCGUUUCCGUGUGUCCUGCGCAGCCAAACCAGAGACAGUGGACAAAGUAUGUAAGAUUGUGAGGAAGCAGCUGGCUCUUCCUGAUGAAUCUGAAGUUGCUGGACAUUCAAAAUUUGCAUCUUUGGGUGCUGAUUCUCUUGACACUGUUGAGAUUGUCAUGGGGCUUGAGGAGGAGUUCGGCAUUAGUGUGGAAGAAGAAAGUGCUCAGAACAUUGCGACUGUUCAAGAUGCUGCUGAUCUGAUUGAGAAGCUUAUCGAGAACAAGGGUGCUUAAAUUUUUGAGCUGCAAAUUGCACAAAUAGGUUUUGAUGUAGGAUUGGCAUUGUAGUUGCAUCUUCGUAAAAUCUUUAUUGUCACCUUCACCUGGUUUUAUGAAGAGCCAUGCGUAGCUUCUUGGAACAAACUUUAUCUGGGUGUUGUUUAGGCUUAUUUAUUUCCUCCAAAAGGAAACUGCAUUGCCUUUUCCUUUUUCAGACUCUCAUUAUAAUUGGGAAUCCACUCCAUAAGAUGUAUUUUUGUUUCGGAAAUUAUAUGUGGCAAAAGUUCUUGGAUUUUGUAGUUUGACAUUA